GUACCUCGGUUCGCAACCAGACCGCAAUCGUGACAAAACACAAAGUCCCAUGUCGUGCCAACACUGUUAGUCCUUGUAACAUACUUGGCGCUCUAAGCCACAGCUUACUGUCUCUUCUUGUACAUAUUUACUGUCCCCCAGCCGACCCGGCAUGCUCACAAUGGCACACGCACUGAGCAUCGUUGUUGCUGGAGCUUCAGUAGCAGCCGUCGCAACAAAUCCUGCGUACUGCAAGAACAUCCUCCUUGCACUUGUUCGAGCAACAGGAUAUGGCGCGCCAGGAGGAGCAUGGAGGAUUGCAGCAAUAUUGUUGGCGCUGGUAAACCUCAAGAACCUCCCUUUUGUAUGGCACAUACGCAUAUUCCGCGCCAUGAUCUACCAUAUCUACUUCCAGCCGACCCCCAUCCCGCCGCACGCGCUCUUUCAGCCGGCUAUCACAUCGACACACACCUCCCUGCUCGAAACAGACUACAACCUGCACAAGUCAAACAGCACAUACUUCUCUGACAUGGACAUUUCACGCACACACCUCUUCACGGCAAUUCUUCGCAACGGCAUUAAGAAGAACAGCCGCCUUUACGGCGCGAAGAAGUCGCAGCUCAACGGUGCAAUCGGUGCCACACAGGGCACGCGAGGGAGCCACAUCAUCGCGCUCGGUGGCAUAUGCUGUAACUUCAAGAAAGAAAUACUUCCGUACAGGAAAUUUGAAAUGUGGACCAGGCUAUUGUGCUGGGACAGGAAGUGGUUCUACCUCAUCACGCAUCUGGUCAAGCCUGGGAUGGGCAAGCCGGAGAGCUGGACACUGCAGCCGUGGAGGAAGACGAAGAAGCCGGGCAACGACGUUAGCGAAGAGGAACUGCUGAAGAGUGUGUACGCCACGGCAAUCGCUAAAUACGUCAUCAAGAGGGGCAGAAUCACUGUGCCACCGGAGCAGGCAUUGAUCGAUGCGGAUAUGAUACCUGUCAAGCCUGAGGGUUGGGUCUGGCAAGGCGCAGAAGAGCACGCUGAUGUGAAUGGUCAUGCCAAUGGCGCGUUACCAAAGCCUGUCGAGGGGACAGAGUGGAACUGGGACAUCAUCGAGGCCGAAAGACAAAGAGGUUUGAAGGUUGCAGAGAAAUUUGCCGAAAUGGAUGGCAUGCACAACUUCUUCGAUGGAGGCAAGAACGGUGCUCUAGGAGAGUAUCCGGAUCUGAUGUUUUAGUGGAUAGAGAUACCCCUUAGAUCUGAUUGUAGACACAGGAGACAUCAUAGAACAAAUCAUAACUGGCAUGAUAAUGAUCGUAAGUCGAAAUAAUAUCACUGAACUGAAACAGACCAUCGCAG